GAUACAUUGUCUGUAGUCUUGAAACGGAACUGGGCAAUAUUAUUCAACGGCCACACAAUUUGCAGUGCAUUCGCAGAAUCCCUCGGGAAUAGGGUCAUCGAUUCUCUCUCAGCAUAGCCCUAUUUGCCCCACAAACAUACAAUUUCCAGACUGUCGUACCGCGCAUGCCUGACAUUCAAACGCUUAUAUCUUUGCCUCAAUUCUUGAAAUUCACAUAUAUCCAUUUUAUUCUACAAACUUUCACCAUAUUUCAAGUUACCAAUACGAACAAAAUUAACCUCGGUCGUUCCAGUAGUAUCCGAUCGUGUUUUGUUAAUGACAGCUGACUCUCGGAUUUACCGCGCCUUUCGAACCGGGUUUUCCAAUUUCCCCGGAAUUUUCAGAGUGAGAAGUGACGCCGGAGUCGAGUUAGUUUGAUUUUCACCGUUGGAAGGUGAGAAGUUGGAAGUGUAUUCCGAAAAUGACGAAUGUCGAUAAUAUUCUGGAUUAUAAGAAAAAAGCAGAUGAAGAUUACUACGCUAUUCUGGGAUGUGAUGAAAAUUCUUCUAUCGAGCAGAUAAAUGCUGAGUACAAGGUACGGGCCCUUCAGUUUCAUCCAGACAAGAAUGAUGGAAACAAAGAAGCAGAACAAAAGUUUCAAUUACUUAAGGAAGCCAAAGAAAUAUUAUGUGAUCCAGAAAAAAAAAGUAACUAUGAUAAGUGGAGAAACAGUGGAAUAUCGAUUACAUACAAACAAUGGCUAGGAAUGAAGGAACAUGUUCAUCAGUCGAUGCAUUGGACCACUCCAAAAACUAAGGAUCGUAUGCUGGAAUCCGGUGGUUCAUCAGGCCCUUCGAGUCUUGGUGCAGGUGCCGUAAGUGCCGCCCAACGGCGGGCAUCCGAAGGUGGUGCCAAUCUUCAUUGGGGUGGACGUGGAAGCGGAUCUGCCUGGGGAGCAGACGCACCGAGUGAGGUUGUCAGCAAAUUUCGAAAUUAUGAAAUAUAAAUCCCAUUUAAGUGAA